AUGGACCUAGUGGACCCGCUUGCGGAGCCAUGUGCCGUAUGUGGCGAUAAGUCAACUGGAACUCAUUAUGGAGUGAUUUCGUGUAAUGGAUGCAAGGGAUUCUUCCGACGAACCGUUCUUCGUGAUCAAAAGUUCACAUGCCGCUUCAAUAAACGUUGUGUAAUCGACAAAAACUUCCGAUGCGCCUGUCGUUACUGUCGUUUCCAGAAAUGUGUUCAAGUUGGAAUGAAACGAGAAGCCAUCCAAUUCGAACGAGAUCCAGUUGGCUCGCCAACCGGUGGAAAUAGUCUGAACGGAACUCCAUUCAAGAAGGAUAGGAGUCCAGGAUACGAGAACGGAAACGGAAACAAUUCUGGAGUUGGCCAAGAAAACAUGAGAACCGGCGCCACACAACCAAGUGUAAUUGAUAGUUUGAUGGAUAUGGAGUCUCGUGUCAAUCAAGAAAUGUGCAACAGAUACAGAAAAUCACAGAUUUUUGUAAAUGGGAAUGGCACUGCUGGGAACGAAGCGGAAGCUGCUUCUAUUCAACAAGUAGCAUCAGACGGAAGUGCUUUCGCUCCUCCAAACCGACCAUGCACAACAACAGAGGAUCUGAAUGAAAUCUCCAGGACAACACUUCUAUUAAUGGUUGAAUGGGCUAAAACGAUCACACCGUUCAUGGAACUUUCAAUGGAAGACAAAAUCAUUCUUCUCAAAAACUAUGCUCCACAGCAUCUGAUUCUGAUGCCAGCGUUCCGAAGUCCGGAUACGACACGUGUCUGUCUCUUCAACAACACCUACAUGACACGUGACAACAAUACGGAUCUCAACGGAUUCGCUGCCUUCAAAACCAGCAAUAUCACACCACGAGUACUGGACGAGAUUGUUUGGCCAAUGAGACAGUUACAAAUGAGAGAACAAGAAUUCGUGUGCCUGAAAGCGUUGGCAUUCUUACAUCCAGAAGCAAAGGGGCUAUCGAAUGCUUCACAAAUCAUGAUCCGAGAUGCUCGUAAUCGAGUGUUGAAGGCUCUUUACGCAUUUAUUCUCGACCAAAUGCCAGAUGAGGCGCCUACCAGAUAUGGAAACAUUUUGUUGCUAGCUCCAGCGCUCAAGGCUCUAACUCAACUUCUUAUUGAAAACAUGACAUUGACCAAAUUCUUCGGAUUGGCAGAGGUGGAUUCACUUCUUUCCGAAUUCAUUCUUGAUGACAUCAAUGAUCACUCAGCUGCACCAGCGUCGUUGCAACAACACCUUUCCUCACCGACAACGCUACCAACAAACGGGGUAUCGCCAUUGAAUGCUUCUGGUUCCUCCUCUGGUGUUCCAUCCAUCUCAUCCAUUGCUGGAAUCACACCAACUGGACUGCUAUCUGCCACCCUUGCAGCACCAUUGGCCAUUCACCCUCUUCAGUCUCAGGAUUCCCUACUGAAUGGAAAUUUACUGUUGAACAGUGUCAUUGAGCAGAAACCAGUUAUUGAAUAA